AUGGAGCGGAAGAUGGAUCGGGCGGCGUUGACUAUCGGACCGGGCAUGGACAUGCCGAUCAUGCACGACAGCGACCGGUACGAUCUGGUCCGUGACAUUGGGUCCGGAAAUUUCGGCGUGGCGAGGCUGAUGCAGGAUAAACAGACCAAGGAACUCGUUGCUGUCAAGUACAUCGAGAGGGGCGAUAAGAUUGAUGAAAAUGUAAAGAGGGAGAUCAUUAAUCACAGGUCUUUGAGACAUCCCAACAUUGUUAGAUUUAAAGAGGUUAUUUUAACACCUACUCAUCUGGCGAUUGUUAUGGAAUAUGCAUCUGGAGGAGAGCUCUUUGAGAGAAUAUGCAAUGCUGGGCGUUUUACUGAGGAUGAGGCUCGAUUCUUUUUUCAACAACUCAUCUCUGGGGUUAGUUAUUGCCAUGCUAUGCAAGUAUGUCAUCGGGACUUAAAGCUGGAAAACACUUUGCUAGAUGGCAGUCCGGCACCUCGUUUGAAGAUAUGUGAUUUUGGGUACUCCAAGUCUUCAGUGCUUCAUUCACAACCAAAGUCAACUGUCGGGACUCCUGCGUAUAUUGCUCCAGAAGUUUUGCUGAAACAAGAGUAUGAUGGCAAGCUUGCAGAUGUCUGGUCAUGUGGAGUCACCUUAUAUGUGAUGUUAGUGGGAGCAUAUCCUUUUGAAGAUCCUAAUGAACCAAAGGACUUUCGGAAGACUAUUCAGAGAAUUCUUAGUGUCCAGUAUGCCAUUCCAGACUGUGUUCAAAUAUCUCAAGAGUGUCGCCACCUUAUCUCAAGGAUUUUUGUUUUUGACCCAGCAGAGAGAAUCACCAUGUCUGAAAUCUGGAACCAUGAAUGGUUUCUGAAGAAUCUCCCUGCAGACCUGAUGGAUGAGAAGAUAAUGAGUAAUCAAUUUGAAGAGCCAGACCAACCCAUGCAGAGCAUCGAUACGAUCAUGCAGAUAAUUUCAGAAGCUACCGUACCAGCAGCCGGGACCUAUACUUUUGACCAGUUAAUGGGGGAGCAAAUUUAUGACUUGGAAUCUGAAUCUGAUGCUGAAUCUGAGCUUGAUAUAGAUAGCAGUGGGGAGAUAGUGUAUGCCAUAUAG